AUGAUCAUUCUUUGUUCAUCAAGGAAGAAAAUAGAUAGCAGGAUCAAGGACUUGGGAAAUUUGAAGUAUUUUCUAGGCAUUGCAACAUGCAGGUCUGGAAAGGGAAUUCUUUUAUGUCAAAGAAAAUAUGCUUUAGAACUUAUAGCAGAACUGGGAUUAUCUGGUGCUAAAACUGCCAUUACACCAAUGGAGUUGAAUAAAAGGCUCAUAACUGUUGAGUAUGAUGAGUAUUGCCAUUUGGAUGAUGAUCCAACACUGACAGAUGUGAGGGGCUAUCAGAGAUUGAUUGGGAAGCUCUUAUAUCUGACCUUAACAAGACCUGACAUUGCUUAUAGUGUGCAAACUCUGAGUCAAUUCAUGCAAACUCCCAAGCAAUAUCACUUGGAAGCAUCAUACAUAGUAGUAAAGUAUGUGAAGAACGAGUCUGGCUAG